AUGUCCGAGCCUAUCGAUAGCCACCGAAUCAAGGACGACAUAAAGAAAGCUUAUGACGAUAUUGCCGACGUCUACCUGAAAUGGACGGAACCUUCUCAUGAAAUACGUCUUUCCUAUCUCGAGACUAUGCUUAAAUCCCUUGAUUCCGCAAAGGAAAAUCGGAAAAUACGCAUCCUUGAGCUAGGUUGUGGUGCUGGGGUACCGUGCACUCAACUUUUGGCAUCUCGUGAAUACAUCAGCGUCACCGCAAAUGAUAUAUCCGACACUCAGAUUGCUAUGGCAAAAGAGCGACUGCCUGAGUCAGUGAACCUAAUACAAGGGGACAUGAUGGAAUUGGACUUUACUCGGGAGCAUUUCGAUGCUGUGACUGCCAUGUACUCCAUAUUUCAUCUGCCGCGCAACGAACAAACUGUGAUUCUUCGUCGCAUUUUUGAUUGGCUGAAACCUGGGGGACGGCUUCUGGCGAAUUUCCCCGAGGCUGAAUUUGCGAGCUCUUCUGAUCAAUCCUGGUUAGGCGGCACUAAAGGGGCAAUUCAUUGGAGUGGUUGGGGUAGAGAAGAGAUGAGAAGACUACUUGCAGAUAUCGGCUUUGAGAUGGAGAUUGAUGAGGUUGUUGUGGAUUCUGAAGAAGAAAAUGGAGUGUCGCGCAGCGUCGCGUUUAACUGGAUCCUAGCCAAGAAGUGA